AUAAAACACUGAUUUUCUUGCUUUAAAAUAUUCAGAAACUUGUCUCAGACUCUAAACAUCCUCGACCGUUUUCUUCUUCUUCUUCUUCUUCUUCCCUCUCCCUCACUCACUUGCAGAACGUAAACACACACUUCCAUUUUCACACACACACACACACACAGACUGAUACUCAAACCACUCAUACGGUCACAUCUCAUACAUUUCCAUAUAUAGUUAUUAUUACACACACACACACACAGGGUUUAAUCAAGUUUAUUUAAGUUACAAUGGGGACGAUUACGGAACAGUUGUCGACGAAGACCAUAAAAGACAAAAUGGAUCGUCUUUUGACUGCUGCACACUUCCCGCAGCGUGUUAAGAAAGAACUCGUUGAUAAGACCAACAUCUGUGAGUCUGUUGAUAUAAUUUUGGUAAAGCAGUUUCCGGUUGUAACAUAUAGAACAUUAGCCUAUUAUCUAGUUGGACUAGUGAGAAUACACUCUAAGAAAGUCGAAUAUCUGCUCGUUGACUGCAAUCGUAGCCUCAAUGAAAUAAAGUUCUUUUCCGACGGGAGGAAAAAAACCGAUGUUAACUACGGUGGCACGUGCUUGCCGGAAUCUUCAACUCAAAGAUCCCAACUCAAAGUUGUUGACGUGAAUUCUACAGAAUCUUCUCGAAGAAAGAACAGUUAUUCUUUUCUUGAAUCUAUGCGUGCACAGUUCACUUCACUCAGCAUGCCGGAUAACUUCGACUUAGAUGCAUAUGAUCUGGAAAUUGUGGAAGCUGAUGAUAGCAGCGAUGAUCAUGUGAGACCCCAUCUGGAACUUGUGCUUGCUGAUGCAUGGGAAAACCGUCGAACGUUACGUCACACGUUUGGCAAGGACGAUACUUCAGCGUCUACUUCAUCUGCGAUUGCCAGUAUUAACCCCAACACAAGUGUUGAGAAGUUUCGCCAAAGAUUCGUCUUAGAAGAGUGCUUGGAGCCAAUAAUACUUGGUGAAAGCGAUGAUGAAUUCGUUCUUGAUUCAGUACCCUCAACUGAACAAGAACAUGAACCAGAAUGGAAUACUAACACAGAUUCUACGAUGAUGUCCGAGGGUGUACAAACUCUAGAAACGAAUCCGGAUGAAGAGUGUACAGCAACAGGGCAGACCGUGGUUUCGGAAAUGACGUCGGUUGAUAAGAUAAUGCUUAAACCGAGUCCAAACAAAAGUCAACUGUCGGUUACAGUCGAUGUAACACCUCAGUCAAAGGCUCCAGUUGUUUCAGGCAAACGUAAAUCAGAACCUGUGGCUGUCCGUACCCCAGCUUCCAGAGAACAUGUUCGGGCCCCACAGAAACGUAAAUGUGUUUAUGAUUAUGCCGUUGUGAUUCCUAACGAGGUGUAUAAAACCUGGGUUUCGGAUGCAAGCGAUCUUGCACGCAGACGGCGAACCUGCUCUGAUGUUCUUAAUCGGAAGGAACCUCGGUCUGUUGAUUAUUUCACGCAGCCUCAAAUUUCCAUCAAUGCAGGUAUUGCAUUAGAACAUAGGUCUAUAAUUUCCGCCGAGCAGGUGAUGCAAGAAAAAGUUCAAGAGACGGUGGGCCCCGCACCGCUUAAUGUUCAUAAAUCAUCUGGGGCAAUAGAAGAUGAAGUUAUCGCUCCUCAAACACCUGCAACUCAUCCAACUCCGUUGAGGUUUGAUGAGGUGCAUGAGAUCUCCAUGGUCAAUCCAAUGAGACCGACAAGUCCCAGUGAAAGUGUAGAGAGAGCCAUGUUUCCAAUCACGGGGGUCAAUGAAGCUGAGAUGCAUAGGGACGAGGGUCCGAGUUCUUUGGGAGAAGACAACCAAGAAAAUGGUAAUGAAUCUACAUUGGUUCUCGUUGCAGAAAAGCUAUCGGCUGCCACAAAAACCGUUGGCAGUUACCUGCACGAUAACUUUGUACGGAGCCAAGAAAAGGGGGAAGAGGCAGUUGUUAACCUAUCCCAACUUUUGAAGAAAAAAACGAAGAAAGAAAGCGCGAGGUUUUUCUAUCAGAUGCUGGUUCUAAAAACAGGAGGAUACAUUGAUGUGAAGCAAGAAAAGCCUUAUGAUGAGAUCUGUGUGAAGCAAACUCCGAAGCUGCAGGAAGCGUUUGGAAGUGGCAGUCGAGAGUGAGACAACAGCAACCAAACCGGACCUUGUUGUUUGUACAAAGGGUUAUCUUUGAAAUAGUUGAGCCUAUAGUUAGUCUGUUGAUGUUCAAAUCUUUUAGGUCUAGUUUAGUUAACUUAUGGUAUGAACUUAUAGCUUUAGAUGGUAUCCUGUCAUAGAUUCUCAGGUCGGUUUUAGUUGUGACUGGUUUUUUUCCAGUUUCAGACAAUGCAAAAUUGAUAUGUUCUUUCCUUUAUUUGCUUA